AUGUUCGCGACUACACCAGGGAAUCACUACACGCACGCAAGCUGGGUGACGUCGGACACGGCGUCGUCAGUGUUCUCGCACGAGAACGACGAGCUGGACUGCAUCUCGCAGAUCAAAGACAUCGAGGAGUACUACCUCAAGACGCUGCUCUCGGACGAUAACGACGACGAUGGUGGGGUGCUGCUUUCGAAGCAGCUGCAGCAACAGCAGGCGAUUGCGUCGCACACGCGCGCCACUACAUCGGUAGACCCGUUCCAACCACGGCAGGCUGAAAGACUCGAGGUUGCUAUAAACGCAAACUUCUACCCGCACAAUUUGAUGCUGCCGUUGACCACGGAAAACCUGCAGAAACUGACUCUAGCGCCAGCAAGCGCGGCCACAACAACAACAACAGUAACAACGCCACAGUCUCCUGAAACAGUGACGAAGAGAAAGCGGCACCACUCGCAGGGAUCGUCCUGUGCAAUCCAUCAUCACCACCCACAACAGCAGCAACAACAACAACAGGUAAACAAGCAACUGUACAAGACGGAACUCUGCGAGUCGUUCACAACGAAAGGUUUCUGUAAGUACGGCAACAAGUGCCAGUUCGCUCACGGACUGCACGAACUCAACUUCAAGACUUUCACCAACAACUUCAGAACGAAGCCGUGCAAUAACUGGCAGAAACUAGGGUACUGCCCCUACGGUAAGAGAUGCCGCUUCAAACACGGCGACAACAGAGAUAUACAGAUAUACGUCAAGGCGGGGACGUAUCUGGCCAGUGAGGGUGAGGCUGAAGCGGAGGGCGAGCCGGCCCUGCGAGAACAAACGGUGCAUAGACCGAAAAACUUGAACGCUAACGUUAAGAGGCUGCAACGGAUAACGUGGUGA